UCGGCCCAGUGGCGCGUGACCCAAAACUUACCAAAAUGGCGGAACCUGAUGAGAAAUCUCCGCUUGUAAAAAGAAGAAACUCGUCUGAAGACGAGGAAGAGUUAACAGGAUGCGGCGCCAGUGCAGCCUGUGAUCCAAGGAGAGCCCUGCACCGUUUCCUGGUGCUUUGGCUCAUAUGUUUCCUCAGUUUCGGAAGUUAUUUUUGCUAUGACAACCCAGCAGCCCUCCAGUCCCAGAUCAAGAAGGACAUGCAUGUGAACACAGGAACUUUCAUGACCCUGUAUUCCUGGUACUCCUGGCCAAAUGUCAUCCUCUGCUUCUUUGGGGGAUUUCUGCUGGACAGAGUCUUUGGUAUCAGACUAGGAACUAUCAUCUUCAGUUUGUUUGUCCUGGCUGGGCAGUGUGUCUUUGCUCUUGGGGCCCAACUGAACCUGUUCUGGCUUAUGGAAGCUGGUAGAUUUAUCUUUGGGAUUGGUGGUGAAUCACUCGCUGUUGCACAAAACACGUACGCUGUAACCUGGUUCCGAGGGAAAGAGUUAAACAUGGUGUUUGGACUCCAGCUCAGUUUCUCUCGAGUUGGUAGCACAGUGAACAUGAAUGUGAUGAGCCCUGUGUACAAGUGGAUAUCUGGUUAUGUAGGGGAAGGGUACAUCACCCUGGGGUAUGCUCUGUGGGUAGGUGCGGGGACCUGUGUGCUAUCACUGUUGUGUGGCCUGCUGCUGGGGUACUACGACAAGAGGGCUGCACGGAUACUCAAGAGAGAUGCCGGCAAAACUGGUGAAGUGAUUCGGAUAACUGAUGUGAAGGAUUUCCCGGCCACAUUCUGGCUGAUUACAGUCAUCUGUGUGGCAUACUACGUGGCUGUGUUCCCCUUCAUCGGACUGGGGCUUGUUUUCUUUGAAGAGAAGUUUGACCUGAAUCCAACUUCAGCCAAUGCUGUGAACAGUUUGGUAUACAUUAUCUCGGCUGGUGCGUCCCCUGUCCUGGGGUUCCUGGUAGACAAGACAGGGAAGAACGUGUUCUGGGUCAUCCUGGCCAUCCUGGUGACCCUGGCCUGUCACAUGAUGUUAGCCUUCACCUUCUGGAACCCAUACAUAGCCAUGAGCAUCAUGGGAGUGUCAUACUCACUCCUGGCAUGUGCACUCUGGCCUAUUGUUGCAUUUAUAAUCCCAGAGAACCAGCUGGGAACAGCCUACGGCUUCAUGCAGUCCAUCCAGAACCUUGGACUGGCUGUCAUCUCUAUUGUAGCAGGGUCUAUUGUAGACCAGAAGGGGUAUCUACUGCUGGAAGUGUUCUUCCUGGCCUGGCUAUGUCUGGCACUGAUCGCAGGAGUAGUGCUGUACUUAGUAGAUGCAGUCAGGGGAGGAGCUCUGAACAUGUCUACAUGGGAGAGGGAUGCACAAGAGGAGGCUGAAGAGAAGGCCAAAGCCGCAGAACAGGACGAAAGAGUCAGAUUUAAACCUCGCUCUGCAUUUGCACUGAGGAACAGGUUCUACUCCCGUAUUGGUGCCAAGCUGCCAGACCAUUUCGACAUCCACACCUCGAGUUUCUUCAGAAGAGGAGUUACACAGUAGUCUUACAUAUACGCACAAUGGAAAGCAAACUCUGAAAGAGUUUGAGGGAAGGGGGGCAGCUGUAGGAUGCGUCUAAACUUCUCAUCUGCAAGUGCAUACAUGUACAUGUUCGUUUUCACAUAAUUUUUUUCUUCAUUGAAAUAGAAUCUUCUUCAUCAUCAAAUGUACCUUUAACUACAUAGCACAUAAAGUUCUUUUUUGUUUGAUAUUACCCUGUGCAUAUACUUCAAUAUCCAUUGGAAUUGAUUAUUAACUUUGAACGUAAACUAGAGAUAUUGAAAAGUAUUCAACUCUACAUUGUCUCUUGCCAUUGCAUUUCUUCAAGUGUCUAGAAUGAACAGUUAACCUAUGAUAGGUUACAUUAUGUAAAUUGAGAGGGUGAAAAGAUAUCUUUGAAAGUGUGGAUAUAGCUUAUGGACUUUAGUCUUUAUAUGUUUGUUUUUUCCUUUCUGCAUAGAACUCCGAUUGACUUACUGAGACUGUAAUCAAGUUUGCAAUAAGGGAAAGCAGAAAUUCAUUGCAAGAAAUACUGAUCAUGUUUUGACCUAAGCUAAGUAUUGGAGGUCAACAACUGUAGCAAUUGAAUUGAGAGUCAUGUAAAAACAAAUUAUUUUGUCCAAAGUGGAACUACAAUGCAAAUUUUGUGAAUAAAAGAUGUUGCUGUAAAUGA